CAAAAUGGCUGUGGAGAAACAGUUAUGAAGAUGUGUCGAUCUACUCACCAAAUUAAUCUCUUGCAUGCUUCAGUUAAGCGGAGAGUCCUCUAACCGAGCUGGAGGACAUUUCUAGAAGGUGAGUGGAGGGCUGAGGAAGGAGAAGAGGAUUGUGGGCCAUCUUGGGAAAGGGACCCUGAAGAUUCUUUGGGAUCUUCAGCGACACAGUGUCAGACAUGAAAACCCAAGACUAUCGUCCCAGCCCUGUGAAAUCACAGACACAGAGUGAUGUGCGGCCCCAGUCCCAGAUGAAGGGUCUUCAGUUUCGCAGCAUUGCCCCCAAAGCCCCUGCAAUGGUUCCAUCAUCUGCAGUUCUGUCCUGCCAACCUCCCUCAGCCCUUCCAGAAGCAUCCACAGCUGUCAGCCCCAAAUCCAUCCUGGUCCCUGCCCAAAACUAUGCCCUCAUGCAGGUGGCUGGACAAGAGGGCACUUUCUCAUUGGUGGCCUUACCUCAAACACAACAGCAACAGCCAAUCCAGAAAAACCUUAAGCUGCCUAUUCCCAGAUACCAAUCAGUGAGGAGCAAAAGCACUCCAGAAAAACCUAGUAGCAAGACUCAGAGUCCAGCCAAAGUUUUAGCACCCACACGGACUCAGCCGUCUGCAGUAAAACUGGAGCAGAGUUCAGACUCACCGUCUGAGCAGCUUGUUAUGAUUGAUGCUGCUGCAUCGUCUGAAAUCUGUGCUGCACCCUUGCUUUCAAAUUCACAGAUGGACCAAAAAGUUGAACAACAAAGCGUUGCGAGUCUACCUAACAAUUUGCACUAUCCUUCCGGAGCCUCCAAAACUGCCCUUGUUACCCCGGUAAAUAAUAUCUCACCGGUCAAAACCCCAAUAGAUGUUCCGGUCUCUUCUGGCAGUGCCAUUACAGUGCUUUCUCCUACUAUCUUUAGCAAAGCUGUUCAAAUCAUUCCAUCUCCUCCCAAGGGCAAGUUGCCCAUUCUGCCCUAUGCCAAGGUGAAGAACUCCCUCCUGGCACCAGCCAGUCUUGCCAGUGCCCCGCUGUUAGAGCAGACUGUAAGUAGAGCCAAAAACAGACUAAAAAGCCCUCUAGGUAGCCAAGCCAAGACAACAGACAGCAAAAGUGAAAAACUCCAAGACCCCAACAACACCCAAUUCAAGAAACCUCCAGGCAAGAAGCGGGGGAGAAAGAGAAAAACCAUAGAGGAUGUUCUAGCCUUCGAAGCCAGAAAGAGGAGAUCUUUAUCAUUUUUCAGAAGGAGGGCACCUGAGAAACCUUCGGUUGGCGUGCAGAGUUCUGCCUCUCAAGAGAAGCUGCUUGACAUAUCAAAAAAGUAUCGAAGCAUACGUCCCAAACCAGUACUGGUAAUGGAAACCACUAUUCCACAACUCGUACCCUUUCCAUCCUUGUCAACAUCCGAAAAACACGAUCUAGGACAGCAGUUAUCAGGAAAUCCACUGGGUGCUCCUCAUCGUUCUUCACAGUCUACUGAUCAUCAUUCUGUGGUGGAUGGUGAAAGUGGUGGAGCGGUGGUUUACACAGGAAGCCGUUCGCUUCAUCGCUGUCCUACCUGCAGCAGGUGUUUUCAAUUCAAGCAUCACUUGCAGAGUCACAUGAACAGCCAUAGUAAUUUGCGGCCCUAUGUGUGCCCGGUAUGCAGGAAGGCCUAUGCUCACUCGGGCAGUCUGAGCACUCAUAUGAAACUGCACCAUGCUGAAAGCAGACCUAGGAAGAGCCUUUGCUGUGAAUUCUGUGAGAAGUCUUUUGGUUAUGUGGGUGUCUAUUUCAGCCAUUUGAGAGAGGUGCACAAAGUCAUACUUACGGUAGAGCCAUCCAUCAGUCAACACGAGGAGGACAUGCCUAUAGACAAGUCUUUAGAAGCUGACAAACCGACAUCAGAACGCAUUGACCCAGUCGAGCUACAGAUUAAAUGUGGGCGGUGCCAGGAUGUUACACCUACAUUUGCUGACAUGAAGCUACACUUGCUAUACGUGCAUGGGGAGGAGGUCCAGGUGCGACUGAGGGACGGGUCCAUGCGCGGUGGACGGGAGGCGGAGGAUGAGUUGGUCAAACAUGCAGCACAUUACUGGAGGCAGCUCAAUGAGAAACGUAACCUAGUGCACUGCGACACUCGUGACGAAGAGCUCUUCUCCUUUCCCAAGUUUAAACCGCACCUCUACUCUCACCAUCACGGUGCAAAAGACCGUCAAGAUACGGAGGAGGACGAGGAAAUGGUAGGAAAGGAGGAACAUGCAUUAAGGGGUUUGGGUAAAGUCGUAACCCUGAGGGUGGGGACUCACUUUAACUGCAUCCUUUGCAGUAAGGUGUUUAAUAAGAAACAGGACGUUAUGGAGCAUUGGAGAACACAGCACAACUGUGAAAACCCCUCCCUUCUGUGGGAUGUACUGGACUUCAAAGGGGAGAAUUUGUCUAUUGAUGGGCCAAAUUAACUGUAAGUGGGUAAUUUAUUAUUUGCUCUAUGUCCGCUGUGUGAUUCAUACAAAAUGUAGUGAUGUCAAUGUAAAUACAAUCCAUGUAUAGAUUUUUUUUAAGGGGUUUUUUUUUGCACUGCUUUUUUGACAUAAUCAUAAACAUUUUGUAAUGCUUGAAUUUUGUAAUGUUCAUUUUUUUGUGUGUUCUGAUGUUUUUAUGCAUAAAAAGUCACAUUGCAGACAUUAUAGUGGUGCAGAGGUAAUAUAAAUGGAAGUAUAUGGAGCCUCCAAGGAUAUUUUUUUGUUAGAUGUGGUUUAGUUACUGUUAUGGUUGAGUAAAUCUAACAAAAGUAGGCUUUUCAAAAACACAUACCACUUAGAAAAAGUCAGAAUUUACAAAACAACAAACAAAUAUGAAUAGAGAUUACGCUGUCAAAAAAUGGCCUUUAGCUGUCAUUGGGGCGGUUCCCUUUGAAAAAGUACACAUUUGCACCUAAAGAGGUUAUAUAAGUACCUGAGAGGUACCCAGGGGGUGCAUGUUAGUACCUCAACGGUACAUAUUUGUGGCAAAUAUACAUAUCUGGGAAAACUUCCUAAUAUGUACCAUUUAGUUACACAAUACUGUCCCAGUGACAGCUUGGGACAAAUUUUUCUGAUUGUGUAUGAUGCUUAAAUAUAACAUGUUAAAUGCAAAGUAACAACAAUAAGACUUACUAUAUGCAUUUCACAACAUAAAUAAAAUCCGAAAAUGUGUCAUUUUUCAGUUUUAAAUGGGCAGAGUUCAAAAAUAUGUCUGAGAAAAUAGUUUUGGCGAAUAUUUUAACUCUUAGUUUUAGUACGAAUGUGUGCAUUCGCAUGUGUUAUAUAUGUUUAAUGUUGUCUGUUUAAAUGGAAAUGUUACAGUAUAUAUUUUUAAUGCUUUCGGUAAAAUGUGUGAUUUGUUUAAGUUAUCAGUCUAUCAGUCCAUUCAUGAAACAAUAUUAUUACAGGGUAGUUGAAUGUGUAAAAACCCUCCCAUUUGUUACAUUUGUAUACUUGUAUAGAUAGAAUAAAAUAUAUUAUAAAAAGAAAUAUAUGCACCUGUAUAUGGAAAAUAUAUAUUUACACAGAAGUCAUCUUCCACUACUGGUUUUUCCUAAAUAAAUAAUUAUUGAUUUUUAUUGACUGUUUUUAUUUACAUCCAAAUGGGUGGUUUCCCAGACAGGGUUUAGAUUAAUCCAGGACUAGGUCUUAGUAAUAUUAGGACAUUUGAGAAGUUUGUACUAACACACCUUGCAAAAAACAAUACUUGUGUGCGUCCUGUGACAAAACAAUGUCACUGAUAUAUUUUAAGAUAAGUCAGUAAAGGGUGUUUUUUAAAUGAAGGCAGCUCAAACAUGCAUUUUAGCCCUAAAUGUAAGAGCUGUCCACACUCAAAACAACUUCCACUGCCUGUCAUAUCUUAAAAUACAUCAGUGCCCUUUAUUUUGCCUCAAAAAUAGACAAGUAAUGUUUUUAGUAAGGCAUGUUUGUUAAAACUAGUUUUAUUUCCUAAUUACACUAAGGUCUACUCCUAGCUUAAGCUAAUUCCUGUCCAGGAAACCACCCUUACAUUUGAUAAGUAAACCUGCAGCUCCACAUCAAUCAAAAGUUUGGACACACUUCACUGUCUCAUCAUAAAAAUACUUUCUAAUUUAAAGGCUUAUAAUUAAAUGCUUGAUAAUUACAAUUGACAACUGUGUAAAUUGUGCCCAUGUGUAGAUUUCUUUAUUAAACUGUUAUUACUUUAAUUCUUUUUUAUUAUAUACACUCACCUAAAGGAUUAUUAGGAACACCAUACUAAUACUGUGUUUGACCCCCUUUCGCCUUCAGAACUGCCUUAAUUCUAUGUGGCUUUGAUUUCAACACGGUGCUGAAAGCAUUCUUUAGAAAUGUUGGCCCAUAUUGAUAGGAUAGCAUCUUGCAGUUGAUGGAGAUUUGUGUGAUGCACAUCCAGGGCACGAAGCUCCCGUUCCACCACAUUCCAAAAAUGCUCUUUUGGGUUGAGAUCUGGUGACUUUGGGGUCCAUUUUAGUACAGAGAACUUAUUGUCAUGUUCAAGAAACCAAUUUGAAAUGAUUUGAGCUUUGUGACAUGGUGCAUUAUCCUGCUGGAAGUAGCCAUCAGAGGAUGGGUACAUGGUGGUCAUAAAGGGAUGGACAUGGUCAGAAACAAUGCUCAGAUCGGCCGUGGCAUUUAAACGAAGCUCAAUUGGCACUAAGAGGCCUAAAGUGUGCCAAGAAAACAUCCCCCACACCAUUACACCACCACCAGCAGCCUGCACAGUGGUAACAAGGCAUGAUGGAUCCAUGUUCUCAUUCUGUUUACGCCAAAUUCUGACUCUACCAUCUGAAUGUCUCAACAGAAAUUGAGACUGCUCAGACCAGGCAACAUUUUUCCAGUCUUCAACUGUCCAAUUUUGUUGAGCUUUUGUAAAUUGUAGCUUCUUUUUCCUAUUUAUAGUGGAGAUGAGUGGUACCCGGUGGGGUCUUCUGCUGUUGAAGCCCAUCCGACUCAAGGUUGUGCGUGUUGUGGCUUCACAAAUGCUUUGCUGCAUACCUCGGUUGUAACGAGUGAUUAUUUCAGUCAAAGUUGCUCUUCUAUCAGCUUGAAUCAGUCGGCCCAUUCUCCUCUGACCUCUAGCAUCAACAAGGCAUUUUCGCACUGCCGCAUACUGGCUGUUGUUCCCUUUUCACACCAUUCUUUGUAAACCCUAAAAAUGGCUGUGCGUGAAAAUCCCAGUAACUGAGCAGAUUGUGAAAUACUCAGACCUGCCCAUCUGGGACCAACAACCAUGCCACGCUCAAAAUCACCUUUAUUUCCCAUUCUGAUAUUCAGUUUGGAGUUCAUGAGAUUGUCUUGACCAGGACCACACCCUAAAUGCAUUGAAGCAACUGCCAUGUGAUUGGUUGAUUAGAUAAUUGCAUUAAUGAGAAAUUGAACAUGUAUCCUAAUAAUCCUUUAGGUGAGUGUAUAGCCUUAAAAAAAUCUAAAAUAUAUUAUCGUUCUGUUUUGUUUAACAUUUUUAACAUUAUUAUUCACUACAAAAUUCCCAUACUUCAAAUUGUGAUGUCAUCAAAAAUAGCAAGUGGAUCAAGAAAAUCCACAUCCAGGCACUCACAUAGUUCAAAGGGUAAAAAGCCUUUGAUAUAAGACAGGACCAAAUAACAACACCAACUGGUUUCAGCCCAAACAGGUCUUCUGUGGCACCCAUAGAUACCAGAUUUUUCUCAUUUGUGGUAAUUUUGAAGACUUAUUAUAAAAUGUUAAAACAAUAAUAACAAAGAUAGUAAAGAUAAAGUGCGUCCAAACUUUUGAGUGGUAUUGUUUGUUCUGUAAACCCUCAUCUGCUUGAACAGGUGCUGCGUAAAAUCAUAAACAUUAAAUUGUGAACUUACCAACUUAUGGUACUGAACAACCUGCACACCCCAAUGCAUCAUUUAAAUGUAGCUCUCUUGGUUAAAUUCUGUCAGAUAAUCUUAACUCAAGUGCUGUUUGUCUUGUAACAAUUACCACAUAUAAGUAUUAUGCAUUUGUUGUUAUUGAAUUUUCCCUUAAAGGGAUAGUUCACCCAAAAAAAAAAAUUCUGUCAUCAUUUACUCAAUCUCAUGUUGUUGCAAACUUAUAUAAAUGUCUUUGUUCUGAUGAUCACAAAGGGAGAUAUUUUGAGAAAUGUUUGUAACCAAACCAUUCGUGGACCCCAUUUACUCCCAUAGUAUUCUUUUCUCCUAUAAUGGAAGUGAAUGGGGUCCACUAAGGGUUUGGUUACAAACAUUUCUCAAAAUAUCUUCCUUUGUGUUCAUCAGAACAAAGAAAUGUAUUCAGGUUUGUAACAACAUGACGGUGAGUAAACGAUGGCAGAAUUUUCAUUUUUGGGUGAACUAUCCCUUUAACCCUUAAAGAUCAAAAUGUUUGGUUUAUAAUGUGGUUUUAUUAUAUAAAAAGUGAUUGUUUUCAAUGGACGAAAUAAUUUGAUUAUAGAUCAUAUAAAAUAUACAGGCCUUAACGCAUUGUUUGUGAUUCUGAUUGUUUGACAUAAGAAAAUGUUUGCAUUUAAAGUUCUCAAGAUAAUCUGUUUAUUGCUGCUGUUAUAUUUAAAUGUACACGUCUGUGGCUGUAACUAAACUAAGCCUCUGAUAGCAUCUGUACAAGAAACAAUGUCCCUAUACAUUAAUACUGGUGCCUAAAUAAAGCAAAGCAAA